UCACUGUUAUUUGGGAAUAUCUUUAAUGGAAACGUCAAAAUGUUAGGUGUUUGUAAUUUUUUGAAAAAGUGAUGGACAGGUGCUUUGGUUGUUGUAUUCUUGGCAGUUAACACAAAGCUACCUCGUUUGUAUUAGAUAUUCGUUAUGGGGGACAGCAGUGCAGUUUUAAACGAUUCAGGUUGCAUAAAAUCUGGAGGUGUUACAACCAUAUCUGGGCCGUAUGUGAGUCCAGAACAAACCGAAUCAUUCCCACUGAAGCACCAUAUCUAUGAAAGACAUAAAAGAAUCUCUUGGAGAUGUCAUUUUUGUUCAGAAACUGAUGAGAAUGGGGGAAGCCUACGUAUUAUAAUUACAUGCUUUUUUACACUUACUCUUGCUGUGGCAAUAGCAUUAGCUGCCCAAAUUCACUUUGGUGAUUAUCAGUUUACUCCACAUGGAAGUGUUGCUACAGACAGUAUAGAAUGUUCUACUAUUGGGACUGACAUUCUGAAGAAAGGAGGAAAUGCUGUGGAUGCUGCCGUGGCAGCCACAUUGUGCCUUGGUGUCGUCAACCUUCAUGUCACGGGGCUGGGAGGUGGUGGAUUUCUGAUUGUGUAUGACCAUCGGAAGAAGAAAGUUCUGGAUGUUAUAGAUUUUAGAGAAACAGCACCUUCUAGCCUUUCUGAAAGUCUCUUGACAAGUAGUGAAGGUUUGAAAGCCGGGCUACUUGUUGGUGUACCUGGUUUACUGAGAGGACUCGGUUUAGUUCACAGUAUGCAUGGGAAACUUGCAUGGUCUGAGGUUGUGCAUCCAUCAGCAAGAAUUGCAAGGAAUGGCUUUCCUGUUCCCACCAGUUUAAUUUCAUCAAAUAUACAUAUAAAUCCUCAGCUUAAUGAGACCAUUAGGCUCCAGAAUUUCCUCAAGAACAUUGAAGCGGGUGGAAAUCUGACUUUACCAAAGCUUGCAGAUAGUUUUGAGAUGAUAGCUGCUAAUGGACCAGAUGUGCUUUAUAAUGGACAGCUUGCAAAUGCAGUGCUAUCUGCAGUUGAAGCAGCAGGAGGUGUUAUGAAGAAAGAAGAUCUUGAAACAUACCAGCCUAAAAGAAGAAAAGCACUGCAUUCUGUGUUUGGAAGUUUCAAUAUAAUAGUACCAGAUUCUCCUUCUGGUGGACCAUUCCUCUUGGAGACACUAAGGAAAUUAGAUAACAACAAAAUAGUUGGAAACUUUACUGAAAUGAUACAGGCAUUAACUGCAGCCAUGCAAGAAACAUACAAAACACAAUUCAACUCAUUUGGUGACACGCCUGACAACACCUCUGAUCAUGGGCUUCUCAGUUCAACAGCUUUGUGGAGUUAUCCAGAAGCAGUGGGCUCUCAUGUUGCUGCUGUUGAUCUUAAUGACUUGUAUGUUUCUAUUGUGAGUGGCUUGAAUACCUGGUUUGGUUCACAGCUGUUGACAAAAGAGGGAUUUGUAUUAAAUAAUGCAAUGGAAAAUUUUAAUGCAGGAAGUAAUGCAUUUGCUCCAGGAAAAAGACCUUUCUCACUUGCUACACCAAUUAUAGCAGUACAGAAAGAGGUUUGUGGAAGAAGGCUCAUUUCUGGAGUGGGAGAUGCAGUAGUUGGCAUUCAGCUACUUGUAGAGUACAUAACAAGAGAAAAGAAUAUUAGCGCUAGUAUGGAAGCUCCACGUUUUCGGUACAACCCUGUGGAGAACCAGAUUCAGUAUGAAGCAUGGCAUAAACCUGAGAUGAGCAACAAGACGUUAUACCAGCUUCGCCUUUUGAAUUAUAAAGUGAGUGCAAUUCGUGAACCAUACCAGAGCUCAAAUUUGAUAGAAAAAGUUGGUGAUACCUUAUCAUCACGUUCAGAUUCAAGAGGAGGUGGUGUGGCCUCGCGUUUUUGAUCUAGAGUUCCCAGUUAUCUUAUGUUGUUACAUCAAAGUAGCCAAAGAUAUUUUGUGAUAUCUAAUUUAUAUUUAUUUAUGCAAAGAAGAUCACAAUGAACAGGGAAGUGUAACUUGUGCAAAUAGCUGAAAACUAAGUAGUAGCCAGAAACAAACUCUGUGAAGUUCAUGAAAUGUGUCACGCCUUCCAUGAUAGAACUUGUCUAAUAUUUGUAUCCUGCUUCGAGAGAAAAAUAUGGUUAAAGAUUGUAUGGCAUUUGUACAUGGUGCAUGCUUUUGAUUUUACUGCUGUUAUUAAUAUUGUUACUGUUAUUUAUUUAUUUAUUAAAUUGGCUUUGAAAAUAAUUUAUUCAUUAAACAGUAAUUUUCUAACAAGGAAUAAUUAUUUUUAUCUAUUCAGAUUGAAGUUUCUGAAAGUAAAUUUUAUAUUCAACAAAGGAAGUGUCCCCUUAUCCUCACAACAGAUUCUGCAUCCCUCUCAAUCUGGGGUCUGAGUGACCUGCUCCUCCUUCCAAACAUCCCAAAUAUAUCCAUCUUUCUUCUCUGAUGAAAGAACUAAAGUUUACAAAAGAUCGGCUUGGGUUGUUUUUUGUGUGUGUCAGUCAGCAGUACUGAAAUUUUCCCCCCUGAAUGUAAGCACUGGCCAGCCAGUCUGUCUCCUCACAAUUUUAUUGUUUUCUCAGGUGACUUCUCCUUUUGAUACAGCAGUUGUUAGCAUGAAUUACAAGGGCAUACAACUGUACUACUAGCUGUAACUGACACACGGAAGUCCAGUUAUGUUAUUAAUUCAACUUGUUAAGUGUUUAAUAAUGUCAGAGAAUGUUGAUAAAAGGUCUAUUUAUUAAUGGGAAAACCAAAACUAAUUUUGCAGUAUUAUAUUUGUAACUUAGUUAUUAACUCCUUUUGUUCUGUAAGUAUAUAUUUUACAUAAUGUACACAGUUUUAAAUGGGCAUAAAUCAAUAUCUGUGUGCUAUGUUCAUUAUAGAAUGAAACAUCUUGUAAGGUAUGAACCUUGUUUGAAACUUACAAAUUUGUCAAACUGUAAGAGGGUGUGGAAGUAAAAUAACUGACAAAUUUUGACUUGGCAAAA